AUGGCCGGAGCCUGCAAUGCUACCGGUAGUACCGAUCUAGAAGGCGAUGAUGACAAGCCGCGAUCCCGCUUCACGUACCGCGACCUCCGCCUCCUCAGCAAGGCCUCGGUCGAGUCGCCCCUUCGCGUCAUCACGCUGAUUGAUUUCGACUGCUUCUACGCGCAAUGUGAGUCUGGCCGUCUGGGACUGUCCCCGGAACAGCCACUGGGAGUCCAGCAGUUCAAGCACGUCAUUGCCAUCAAUUACGCCGCGCGAGCUGCCGGGCUCAAAAAGGUCGUGUCGGCGGAUGAGGCCAGGAAGAAGUGCCCUUCUAUCGUCCUCCAGCAUGUGCCGACGUGGAGACCGGGUGACACGACCUGGAGGUAUCGGGAUGAUGCGCUCCAGCAUAUGGACAGUGACAAGGCUUCGUUGGACUAUUACAAGCUGCAGUCACGGGAAGCCAUGGAGGUCUUGAAGCAGACCUUACCUGGGCCGCAGCGAAUUGAACGGGCCGGCAUCGAUGAGACGUACGUCGAUCUAUCAGCUCCGGUCUACGGCAUCCUCGUUCAGAGGUACCCUGAACUAGCUGAAGAUGGGCAGCCCCUUGAUGCUUGCUUGCCGCCCGUGCCGAUGUCUCCCCUUGAUUGGGAAGAUUCUGCAGUUGAAGAAGGCCAAUCCGUCGAUGUUCCGCCGCCGCCACACGACUGGGACACCGUCUGUCUCUUCAUCGGCGCUCAGCUCGUGCGAUCUAUCCGCAACGCAAUAUUUGAGAAAUUGCAAUACACAUGUUCAGCAGGCAUCGCCCGCAACAAAGUCCUCGCGAAACUCGGCUCCGGUCACAACAAGCCUAACAAGCAAACAGUCAUCCUCAACUACGGCAUUUCCUCCUUCUUAGCCAGCUACAAAUUCACCAAGCUCCGCGGACUGGGCCGCAAGCUAGGUCGCGAAGUCAUCGAUGCCUUCAAGACCGAACAGCUGUCCGAACUCGCAUUAAUCCCACUCUCGACCAUGCGCGCAAAGCUCGGCUCAUCCGAAGGCACCUGGGUCUACAACGUGAUCCGAGGCGUCGAAUACAGCGAGGUCGUCUCGCGCACCCAGCUCAAGAGCGUCCUGUCCGCAAAGACAUUCAUGCCUCCCAUCACCCGCAUCCAGCAAGCCGAGCCCUGGCUCGACAUCUUCGCCGCCGACAUUGUCGCCCGCCUAGAAGACCUUGGAGGACAGCGACCCAGAACCAUCGCCGUACACGUCCAGGUCCAUGGCCCACGGCACCCGGGCCGCUCAAAGCAGGGGCCUGUACCCACGGGCGUCAAAGUCGACGCGCACACCCUCGCCAAGCUCGCGAGGGACCUACUCGCGGCGCUGGAGAGGGAGGGCACCACGUGGCCGCUCGUCACGCUGAGCGUCGACGUCUCCAAUCUCCAAGAGGUCGAAAAGGCCAGGACGUCCAUCUCUUCGCUCUUGGCUGCGCAAGGCAGGAUUAGCAGAAACGGCGAGUCGCCGCCAGUAGCAGUAGCAGAGCCCAUGUGGCGGCCAACAGCGACGCCUCCUCCACCAAGCAAACAUAGGGCGGGAAAACGCACACUCCUCGACUUCCAAGGCUUUGCCGGUGGCGCUACUGGCAGUCCCUUUGGAACCACCAAGAAGGCACGCCAUGAUGCGGGUGUACCGUGUCCGCCGCCCCUCUUAGAUGGAACUGAAGCUGAAGCUGAAGUCGACAAUGGCAGACGAGAGCGAGAUUCGGCACCAGCAGCAGCAGCAGCAGCAGUGAUGUCCACAGCAAACACUGGCACGAGUCCCAGUAUUGGAGGCAGAGGUAGAGGCAGAGGCAGUGGCGCUGCUGCGGCCGUUGAGGCAGGUGAUGCCGAUGACGAUGCCAAUGCCGACGAAGACGAAGAGGAGCAGGCGGAGCAGGCGGAGCAGGCGGAGCAGGAAGGAGGAAAUGGAGGAGGCUCCUAUCUCUGCCCGACAUGCCACGACUCGGUGCCGGAAGCCGCUGUGCUGGAGCACCUGGACUGGCAUGCUGCGAUGGAAUUGCAGGAGAAUGGGCUAACUUGA